AUGUUAGUCAGGAUAAAUGAAACAAUUGUUGGCACUAUCAGCAGAGAAUUGGAGCCGCUGAGGUUGGAAAUGCAGGGAAUGCGCGACUCAAUGUCCUUCAUGAAUGAAAAAUUCGAGGAAAUAAGGAAGAAACAGGAAAUCUCAAAUGAGCGUAUUAUGAAUUUGGAAGCGGAAAAUGCGGAACUGAAGGCAGCAAUGGGUGGCAUGAGCGAGAGAUUUGUCAACUUGGAACAGCAGUCCCGUUCAAAUAAUUUAGAAGUGCAAUGUGUACCUGAAAAUAAAAAUGAAAACGUAUACAAAAUAAUAACACAACUGGCACGUGUAGUCAAAUGCGAAAUUAGUGAUAAGGACAUCCCUCACUGCACACGUGUUGCUAAGUCCAAUUCUUCCAGUACUCGUCCCCGCUCAAUCAUUGUUCAGCUGGCAUCACCAAAGCUGCGUGAUCAACUACUUGCUGCAACUAUACAUUUUAAUAAGUCAAACCCACAAGAAAAGCUAAAUAGUAGCCAUCUUGGAUAUGCUGGACCUAAAUCUCCGGUAUAUGUUGCAGAGCACCUGUCACCAACUAACAGAGCCCUGCACGCAGCUACUAGGAUUAAAGCAAAAGAAAUGAACUACAAAUAUGUGUGGGUUAGAAAUGGCAGAAUAUUUGUGAGGAAAAACGAGGGCACCGAACAUAUUCAGAUUAGGAACAAUAGUAAUCUAAGUAGAAUGGUAUAA